GUUGCCUUUUUGAUGAUCAAUUUUGUGAGGAGGUGGGCGUCGAUUCGUGAAAGGGGGAUUAGGAGCACGGAGGUUUAUCCUGUAUUGAAGGAAAGCACAUCAUAAUCAUGUCUGACCCGCCGCUGGUGCCGCCGCCUCUGCUGAGGACCCAGGAGCCGCCGCCACCAGCACAGUCGGCCGGUCUGCCCACUGUGCCACCUCCACCCAGCCUGGGCAUGCUGUCGGUCGGCGUGCCGGGGGAGUCGGAGAAGGAGCCGGCGUCCGUGCAACUGCCCGGCGUGCUCGAGCGAGCACUCAACUACAAGAUCGAGCGCGCCAAGGAGGUGGGCGUCGACCCGAGCGAGAUUGACCGCGUCGAGGCGGAGGGCCUGGCGCUGCCGCAGGCGCCGCCGCCACCCAUGAUCCGCGACGAGCCGGCGGCCGUCACGCGCGAGCAGCGCGAGGAGAAGCAGAAGAAGCGCAAGGAGCUGCGCAAGAAGAAGAAAAAGAAGAAGAAACGGCCGCGCGCGUCGCAGCCGCUGCAGAACGGCGCCCAGAAGCCGGCCAACGACGAGCCGGAUGUGGAGAUCGAGUACGUGUCGGACGCGCCCGAGCUGGACGUGGCCGACCCGCUGUACCGUCAGUUCGCGCACAUCUUCGAGACGUUCCGCAUCAGCGAGCCGACGCCGUCGGCAGCGGAUGCGGGCGGCGCUUCGGCGCCGACCGCCGAGGCCGAGCAGCAGCCGCAGCAGCCGCAGGACCUCAAGAAGGUGCCCAAGCUGCUGGACGGCGACGACGACAGCGAUGAGGAGGGCGAAAAUGCCGACCACCCCAAGCUGUCGAAGCGCAAGCUGAAGAAGAUGACGCGCAUGUCGAUUGCGGCGUUGAAGCAGCAGGUGGCGCGGCCGGACGUGGUGGAGAUGCAUGAUGUCACGUCCAAGGACCCGCUGCUGCUGGUGGCGCUCAAGAGCACACGCAACUCGGUGCCUGUGCCGCGUCACUGGUGCUUCAAGAGGAAGUAUCUGCAAGGCAAGCGGGGUAUUGAGAAGCCGCCGUUCGACCUGCCCGAGUUUAUCAAGAAGACCGGCAUCAUGGAGAUGCGGCAGGCGCUCGCCGAGAAGGAGGAAGCCAAGAACAUGAAGGCCAAGAUGCGAGAGAAGGUCAGGCCCAAGAUGGGCAAAAUUGACAUCGACUACCAGAAGCUGCAUGACGCGUUCUUCAAAUGGCAGACCAAGCCGCGUAUGACCAUUCACGGCGAUCUGUACUACGAGGGCAAGGAGUUUGAGACUCGCCUGAAGGAGAAGAAGCCGGGGGACUUCUCCGACGACCUGCGCACGGCGCUAGGCAUGCCCGUCGGAGCCAACUGCAACAAGAUCCCGCCGCCGUGGCUGAUCGCCAUGCAGAGGUACGGGCCGCCGCCCAGCUACCCGAAUCUGAAGAUCGCCGGUCUGAACGCGCCCAUCCCUGACGGCUGCAGCUUCGGCUACCACGCCGGCGGCUGGGGCAAGCCGCCUGUCGACGAGCACGGCAAGCCGCUCUACGGCGACGUGUUCGGCGUCCAGGGCAAGGACUUCGACGCGCCGUCCGCUGAUGAGGAGGUGGAGCGCACGCUCUGGGGCGAGCUGGAGUCCGAGUCCGAGGAGUCCGAGUCCGAGGAGGAGUCGGAGGAGGAGGAGGCUGAGGGCGUGGAGGAGUCGGGCCUGGUGACACCGGCCGAAGGUCUCAUCACACCCUCCGGCGUCACCAGCAUCCCGGCCGGACUCGAGACGCCAGAGAUGAUCGAGCUGCGCAAGCGCAAGGUCGAGUCCGAGAUGGAAGGCGGCGAGACGCCGGCGCUAUACCAGGUGCUGCCCGAGCGGCGCAACGAGCGCGUCGGUGCCGCCAUGAUGGCGUCGACCCACACGUACGAGCUGCCGGGCCGGCGGCCGGCGGCCGGCGCCGGCGGCGAGGGCGUCGAGGUGGCGCUCGACCCCUCCGAACUCGACCUGGUCGACACGGACGCCAUGGCGCAGCGUUACGAGGAGCGCAUACGCGAGACCCAGCUGGAGAAGGAGGAUCUCAGCGACAUGGUGGCCGAACACGCCGCCAAACAGAAGAACAAGAGGAAGCGGCAACAGCAGCAGCAGGACGACAAGAAGUCCAAGAAAUACAAGGAGUUCAAGUUUUGAAGCCCUGGCUGGAUUCGCCUGUCUCUCCGUAUCACCAUCAUCCCCGGCUCACGGGACACACUGGGCUGUCUCCCGGAGACGCGCUCCCUCCCCAUUGCGGGCUGUGGGCUGAACUGCAUAUGUUGCCAAUAAACCGCCUCCAAAAACG